AUGGACAAAGCUGCAAUCAUUUGUGAAGAUGACAAGAUAAACCCCGAAGACAAGAGCGCCGCCCUCCAUAUCGGUGGCGCGUCGCCAAUGUCGGCGAUGUGGCUGGUGCCGCAGCUGGCGCUGGGCGGCCUCGCGGAGGUGCUCAACGCCAUCGGGCAGCUCGAGUUCUACUACAAGCAGUUCCCGGAGAAUAUGAGGGUCGUGGGCCCUUUUUUCUUCCUUGGCAGCGCGGCAUUGAAUUACGCCUACAGCUUCCUCAUCUCCACCGUGCAUCGGAUGACGGCCGGGGAUUCGGGCGGGAACUGGCUGCCCGAGGAUUUGAACCAGGGGAGGCUCGAUUACUUCUACUACCUCGUUGCUAUCUUGUGUUCUAUCAAUUUCUGCUACUUUCUCGUCUGCGCAAAUUGGUAUCGGUACAAGACCACGGACGAUCAUGACGUAACCCUUGUUUCUCCGAACAAACUCGAUCAUCAUUCUGCUUGA